UCGCUUUCGCUCUCGCUCUCGCUCUCGCUCUCUCUGCUUCUGGUUUUGUGACUCUUGUCCAGUCCGUUUCAAUGUCUUGCUCUCUGAUCUUCGUCGCUCGAUUUCUCCUCUAAAACCGCUGCUGAAGCUGGUUGCGUAGUGGGGGGAUUUGGUGAGUGGAAGCAAGUAGCAAGCGGAUGGCGGGGGAGGAGGCCAUCGCCGUCGCCGUCGCCGUCGCCGUCGCCACCGGCGGAUAUGAUCCAGGAAUCAAGACCCGCGACUCCUGCGCCUCCCUCUGUCGCCCCGAUCACGUAUGCAGCUACAUUUGUUUUUAUGCAUAUCCUCCUCUUCCUCUUGUUCGAGGAGUAGGUGAGGGGUAUGUUUGGAAGUAGUUUGAUAUUUCUAAUCUCGCCAGUCAGAGAAAAAAUGGUUGGCUAGCUAUGGUUGUUAACAGGCUUGAGAUAACUCCUGAUAGAAGGCUCUUAGCUGCAGCUGGAAAUCCUAGUAUACAAUUUUAUGAAAUAAACCCAGAAGUCAAUUGUCCAGUAAGUUUUCCGACAUCAAGUUACUCAGUAAGUUGCUAAGUUUUACAAGGCUAUCAUCUUUCCUAUGACAUUUCUUGUAUGUGAUUAUUUGUACUAGAUGGUUCAGGUUUUGAGCUAUGAUUCACAUAUUAGAAAUGUGACGGCCAUAGGAUUUGAGCGUGAUGGCAAUUGGAUGUAUUCAGGUUCAGAAGAUGGGAUGGUAAAGAUAUGGGACCUGAUGUAUCAUAAAUGACAUGGCCUGAAAAAGAACUCAGCACCCUAAAAGAAUUUAUCAUUUUUUUUUAUCCUCUUGUUAGGUCCUCUUCUGUUUGACUAUGAAAAUUGAUUAUAGUUGUGAUCCUAUUCAGAACUAAGGUUCUUCCGUCAACAGAUCUGAUCUCCAUUUUCUGACAUGUCCAUCUCAAUUAGGCUAUCAAAAUUAAUUCAAAUUGUGAUCCUACUCAAAGCUAAGGCUCUUCAAAAAUAAACAGAUUUGGACUCCAUUUUCUGACAUGUCAAUACAGUAAAAACAAUCACUUAUAAGGUGAGUUUUUUAGAAAUGUUAACGAAGGAAAUUGUAUACUGCUUGUUGGCCAUAUGAUGUUUAGUUUCUCAAUUUCAUAAAUUAGUUCUUUUAAAACUUGACCAUCUUCCAUCACAUUAAAAGAUCAUAUGUCUUUCUCAGGCCUAAAACUCAAAAAGAAUAUCAAAGCUGUUCUGCUGUUAAUACAGUUGUUUUACAUCCAAGCCAGGUUCAGAUUCUUCAUUUUCUCUAUUGCAGAGCUUUAUAGUGUGCUUAUCAUCCUGCAACUAUUCUCUUAAUGUACUUGAUACAUCUCUAGCACAUUCAUUAUUCGAAGUUCUGGUUACUGUGUUUAUUGAUAGCUCUGGUAUUUCUAAGCCAUAGCCUUUUAGGCCAGCUUCGUUCAUUAAUUAUUUUUAUGUGUUGUUUUUGUGGCAAUGGAUUGCCCUGACCAUGGAAGCCUGGUGACAUAUUUGGUAUAUAGCAUCGACACCCUAUAUAACCCAACUAUUUCAGUAAUUGAACUCCGCAUUAUAUUCCCAAGGAGGUUGCUCGCUUCCAUAUUAAUGUUAUUACAACCCACAUACGUUUUUACUUCUAAUUCAAAAUUCCAAGUAUCUCUCCUAUCUUCUUAUAUCAUGUUCUUCAGUUGCUCCUGGAAGAGUGGGGUUCUUUUUUGUUCAGAGAGAGAGAGAGAGAGAGAGAGAGAAAAGUAGCAUGCUACUCGCUUCGUUCAUUUUUUUCAGAAAUGAACUUAGUUGCAAUUAGGCUUCAAACUUAAAGGCUAUGGUUGUUGCCUUAAAUAUAGCUUGUAUGCACAAGAUAGCAAAAUCAUGGCUGCAGAUGGAGUUGAUUUCUGACGAUCAGAAUGGAAAUAUGUGUGUAUGGGAUUUAGGAGCUAAUGCAUGCAGUAUCGAGUUGGUGCCAGAGGCAGAUACAGCAAUGAGGUCGUCAACUGUUACGUAGGAUGGCAGUAUGCUUGGUGGUGCAAAUAGCAAUGGAGUACGUCAUUUUUGGUGCAUGCUAAUUGGAUUGCAGAUAUCUAGAGAUAUCAUUUAGAGUAACUUCUUCUAAAGUGAGAUUCUUUUUAUUUUGUUCUCCGAGAAUUGCUUGUGGAUUGGCCCCAUAUAUGCAUCAGAUGAUCGCUCACCUUGAGCCCCUGCAUAGAAUGCAAGCACAUUCUGGCUACAUUUUAAGGUGCCUGCUUUCACCGGAAUUAUGCAGUCCUGUCAGACAUUAGCAGGUUAACUUAGCCAAUAUCCAGUCUACUUGAUUGUGUCAGCUUCUACUUCUAUCAGAUUUCUUUGUUCUUAUUUUGCCCAUCUACUCUUAAUACUAUACUGAGAGCGCUGGGUAUGGGACUGCGUGUUCUCGGCUGAUGAUAAAUAUUUGUUCACAGCUUCUUCUGAUACAACUGCUAGAGUGUGGAAUGUGGACACAGGAAAUUCCGUUGGUGUAUGACGUGCAUCACCAUCCACUUCUCUGCCGUGCUCUCCAUGAGAUUCCUGAUCGACAUCACAAGUCUGAGCUUUGUGUUGUACUAAAAUCUUUCAGUUGACUUUGGAAGAACCAUAGGAUCUGAUAAAAGAUCGGGGAAAGGAAGAAGACAAUCACAAGGAGGGUAAACGGCAGUUGCGAAAAGAAAAGAAUGCUAGCAACAUGACAUGUGGGCCAGAUCACAUCACAACCCAUGCACUGAAAAACUGAAGAGGUUCGCUGCAUCCAGCUAGCUGCCUUCUUCAUCCGACUCCAAUCAUUCACCUCCAGAUCAGAUCUGAGGAGAGGGGAGAGAGGAUUCAGGGGAGAGAGUCUCCUCGUCUCCGCUGUUCGAUCUCUCCUUGCUGCCCCACCACUCUCUCUCUCUCUCUCUCUCUCUCUCUCUCGUGCCUGCGAUGAAGGGAGAGAUCAUCAGAGGAGAAGCAAUGGCCGUGCCCCUCCUCCUCCCUCUGUGGGAGGAGCUUCCCAUGGAUGUGCUGGGCCGUGUCUUCUCCUUUCUCCCGCCGGACUCCUUGGCGCGGGCCAUGUGCGCCUGCAGGCACUGGCUCGCCUGCGCCCGCACCCCCGGCCCCGCAGCGCCGCGGCACUCGCCCUGGCUCCUGGCCAUGCCCGCGCGCUCCUCCUCCUCCUUCUGCUACGCCCGCGACUCCGCAGGCCUCGGGCGGUGGCGCGCCCUCCCCCUGGACUUCGCCCCCGAGCCGCUCCGCCUGGUGGCCCCCCUGGGCGGGCUACUCCUGUGCAAGCUCGCCUCCUCCCCGACCCUCCGCCUCGCCCUCUGCAACCCCUUCGCCCGCCAGUUCCGCCGCCUCCCAGACCUCCUCACCCCGCGCUCCAACCCGGCCGUGGGGGUCGUCGUCGGCUCCUCCUCCGACUCCUCCUUCCGCGUGCUGGUCGCUGGGGGCUCGGCGUCGGGGUCGUCGUACGAGGCCACGCUGGAGGUGUUCGACUCGAGGGAGGGUGCGUGGCGCGCGGCGGGGCCCAUGCCGCUGGAGUUCGCGGUGCGGCUGACGGUGUGGACGCCCAGCGAGAGCGUGCACGCGGGCGACGGGGCCGUCUACUGGAUGACGUCGGCGCGGGCGUACAGCGUGGUGGGGCUGGACGUGGCGCGGCGGGCCUGGAGGGAGCUGAAGGUGCCCAUGGCCGACCAGCUCGAGUGGGCGGCCCUCGUGCGCCGGAGCAACGGCCGCCUCGGCCUCGUGGGCGGCGCCGCCGACGGCCGGGGGCGCGUCUGGGAGCUCGUGGGGAAGGGCGAGGGCGAGCGCGAGCAGUGGAGGUUGGCGAGCGUGGUGCCGGAGGAGCUGCUGGGGAGGAGCUUCGGCUCAACUUCCACCUCGACUUCGACUGCCAGGACGGGGUGGGGGAGCACGAGGUGCGUGGGGAGCGAGGCGGGGGAGCUCUACGUGCUGUUCAGGGAAUUGGGCGCGGACAUGCUGGUGUGGAGAGAGAAGGGAUCAGACAGGCUGAGCAGCAGCAGCAGCAGCAGCAGCAGCAGCAGCAGCGAAGAUUGCUGCGAGUGGAAUUGGGUGGAGGGCAGCUGCCGAGACCCCCACAGCAGCAGCAGCAGCAGCAUUAUUAACACUCCCGUAAAAGCGGUGCUGCUCCGGCCGACUCUCAUGCGGCCUCUUGAUAGUUGACGACUCAGACCCCUCCGCAACAAAUUAAGCCCCCGCCCGAUAAGCGCCUCUAUGAGCACAUGACGGCCGAUUGGCGUCGCAGGUUUGCAACAGAGGUACUUGGAUAAGCUAUGUUGAAAAAAAUGCUGCCACGAGCACCCCCAGCCACCACCUUCUGUGUCGAUAAGAAGAGAGUUAUGACUGCCCUGGCGUGGCCCAUCGCUGCUUGGGGCUAAUCUCAAAAGUCGUUGAUGAUGAUGAUGAUGAUGAUGAUGAUGAUGAUAAUGAUGCCUUUUGAUCGGCAACGUUCGUUGAUGAACUGCUCCUUUCAACAUCAUUUCCUUCGGCCUGCUCUGGCCCACUUGUUGGUAUUUGUUAUGGCCGUGCAAUCCAUCAUGGGCCUUGGGCUUUUGAAGUGAGAGGUCCGUUGGGCUUUGCAGGAAAGUUGGAAGCUAGGUGUUUCAAGGGGCAGCUCGAUCUCCUCAAGUCUUCAAGUGCGCCUUUUUCAUUACAUGUCAAUUAAAAGCGGUUCGAAAAGUCAAUAGUUGAUCGGAAUAACGUUGACUGAAUCUAUUUCUUUUUAAUUGACUCUGAGGUGUGGACGGGUAAAAACAAUGGCAAGUUAACAAACUGCAUGCGGUCUAUACCGACGGUCUCAUUCAGGUACCAAAGUAGAUAUCGGACAGCAGAGCCAAGCACCGAGUCAGGUAGCUGUAACCAGCAGGAUUAUGGCAGCCCAGAGAAUGAAGAAACAAAGAAAGCCCAAUCCAAGCCUCGUCGUUGGUUUUGGUUUGGCCACGAGGCCCUGUUCGCCUGGUCCGGUUUCUGCUCUUUCCCACACUACGCUGGAGCCCUCUUAUCUUUGGUGAUAGAUUUGCUAGCAUGAGGUGAAAGCGAUUCAGGUGACAAGAGCUAAUAAUAAUAAUAAUAAUAAUAAUAAUAAUAAUAAUAAUAAUAAUAAUAAUACCUCGACAGAGUUCACGUUAGUUAA